UAUAUAUUAAUUCAUUAUCACUAGCUAGCUCAUCAGCUUUCAAGUCUUUUAAAUCAUGGCUUACCAUUUCUCUUCUAGUUUUCAUUUCUUUCCCUAUGUCAUAGUAUUGUGUAUGUUGGGGUUGAUGUAUAUUAACACAACAUCUGCUCAGCUGUCUGCCAAUUUUUACGCGACUAGUUGCCCCAAUGUCCUUUCCACCAUCCAAACUGCAGUGCGAGCUGCGGUUGCAAACGAACGUAGAAUGGGAGCGUCAUUACUACGUCUUCAUUUCCAUGACUGUUUUGUUAAUGGUUGUGAUGCAUCCAUUCUGUUGGACGACACAGCAAGCUUCACUGGUGAAAAGAAUGCAGGGCCGAAUGCAAAUUCUGUGAGAGGGUAUGAUGUUAUUGACACAAUAAAAUCUCAAGUUGAGGCACUCUGCCCUAAAACUGUUUCAUGUGCUGACAUUCUUGCCGUUGCUGCUCGGGAUUCUGUCGUUGCUUUGGGUGGUCGAUCAUGGAAGGUACCAUUAGGAAGACGAGACUCCAAGACUGCAAGUGCGAAUGGUGUAAAUAGUCUACCUGGUCCUGGUUCUUCUCUCAGUGGCCUGAUCACGAACUUUGCUAACAAAGGUUUUACUGCUAAAGAAAUGGUGACUCUCUCUGGAUCUCAUUCUAUUGGUCAAGCUCAAUGUGCAAGUUUCCAGAGCAGAAUCCACACCGAAUCCAACAUAGACACAGCAUUUGCAAACUCCUUGAAGGGGAUUUGUCCAGCAUCAGGAAGCAGCAGUAACCUGGCUCCUCUCGAUUCAACCCCAAUACUAUUUGAUAACACUUAUUACAAGAAUUUGAUAAGCAAGAAAGGACUUCUUCAUUCUGAUCAAGAACUCUUCAACGGAGGCUCAACAGAUGCUCAAGUCACAGCUUAUAGCAAAAACAACCCUAAGUUCUUGACUGAUUUUGCAGUUGCCAUGGUAAAGAUGGGUAAUCUUAGCCCUCUAACAGGUAGUAAGGGAGAGAUUAGAACUAACUGUGGGAAAAUCAACUAAAUAUUAUUUUCCAUUCUAAUAACAACAUUAUUGCCAACAAAUAAUGUUUUGCCAGAAGAAAAUUGCAGUGUCCUCAUUUCAUUGUAAGCUCAAUGAUUCCCUUGAAUAAAAUUAAAGUUGGUAUUUAAGGUCACAA